UCAUCCGCUCUAUACCGUUAUCCGAUUCCAACUAUGCCGUUGCAUGGAAAUCAUUAAAUGAUCGAUUCGAUAAUCAGCGUUUAAUAAUGAAUGCGCAUUUGGAUAGGUUGUUUGAGUUUCCACCGUUAAAAUCAUCGUCUUUGCACGAAUUAAAGAAAUUUCUCGAUACUUUCCAAGAAAAUAUCGCGGCCUUGGAAAACUUUAAAAUUCCAAAUAAGGAAGGUUACUUGUUUUUCUAUAUUGCUGCACGUGUAUUAGAUUCAAAUACUAAAUGUUUAUUCGAAUCUCAACAUAACAACGAUACAUUGCCAGUUAUUAAUGAUUUAUUAAAGUACGUUCAAAAUCGUUGUCAAAUUCUUCAGAAUAGUUUCACUGCCUCAACACCAAUAGCUUCCAUCAAACUGAAACCAGCAUUUUCACCAAGUAAGAAAGUUCAAGCACUUACGAAAACAUCUCUUGUCACCAAUUCGUCUGAAUCAAAUAAAGCAUGCCCUCUUUGCAGUUCUUCUCAUCAUCUUUAUAAGUGUGAACAAUUUUUACAACUGUCUCCAUCAAAACGUUUAAAAAAGGUUCAAUCAAAUCAUAUGUGUACAAACUGUUUAAGUGCUAACCACACAUCCAUUAAAUGUAUGUCUAAAUUUACUUGUCGUCAUUGUUCCGCCCGACAUCAUUCAUUAUUGCAUCUAGGCGAAAACGAGCAAAAUUCAUUGUCGUCAGACACUCAUUCGAUACCGAAAACCAAACCAAAUCCUUCAACUUCGUCCACAGAACAGUCCUCAACUCCGUUUGUCGGAACGGUCAACACUACCAACUUGAAUGUAUUAGGCACGGCCCUGAUUCGUGUACGUGACAAAUUUGGACAAUGGACUACUGUUCGGGCACUUAUUGAUUCUGGCUCUCAGAUCUCGGCUAUUACGCAUAUGAGUGCUACUAAGCUCGGUCUUAACAGACGUCAUACCGAUGUUUCUGUUGUGGGAUUGUCUCAAACCCCUAUUAUACAAACAAAGGGUUCAUUACUUUGCCACAUUAUUCCUCAUACAGCGGCUUCCCCUGAGUUGAUAUGCGAGCCUCUCAUAUUAUCGAAAAUCACUGGUCUUAUGCCUUCAGCAGUCCUGAGUCCUUCAAUACGAUCAACUUAUUCGGAUCUACAAUUUGCCGAUCCGUCGUUCGAUUACCCGGGUCACAUUGAUUUUCUUAUCGGCGCGGACAUGUAUAAUAAAAUAUUUGAAAAUGGUUAUCGUGUCCUCCACAGAGACGGCCUUCCUUCAGCCUUUGAGACCUCACUUGGUUGGAUCUUUGUGGGAACUUCCAGUCAAUGUCAUUCUCAAUCCAGCGUGUGCUUAAAGUUAUCCUCGGAACCGUCGCUAAAGGAGUUGUUACAUCGUUUUUGGGCCUGUGAAGAGCCAGAAGUUCAGUCUGUACCAUUUACCGAACAAGAAAAGUGUGAGGACAUUUUUCACCGGUCUACUGUUCGAGAUAGUACAGGUCGUUACAUUGUCUCUUUGCCAUUUAAAAAGGACCCAUCAAUUCUUGGUGAUUCUCGAGGUAUGGCUCUAUCACGAUUUUUUAAUUUAGAGCGAAAAUUACAAGCCGAACCUGAAUUAUACGCUGAAUAUCGGCGGUUUAUGAGUGAGUACCAAUCACUUGGACACAUGAAAGUUGCAGCCACACCAGGAAAAUACGUGAUUCCUCAUCAUGCUGUUGUAAAAUAUUCAAAGGACAAACUUAAAUUACGAGUUGUUUUCGACGCUUCGGCUCGUACUACUUCGGGUGUCUCGUUGAACGACACUCUAUUUGUCGGUCCAAAGUUACAGUGCGACAUAUCGAAUAUCCUACUUCGUUGUCGUCUGAAUAAAUACAUGUUUACGGCCGAUAUAUGUAAAAUGUUUCGCCAAAUCAACAUCCACCCGUCACAUUACGACUAUCAGCACAUAUUAUGGCGAGACGAUCCUUCAAAACCAUUGGUAGAAUAUGCCUUGACGACUGUUACAUAUGGAGUCGCCUCAUCGCCUUAUCAAGCCUUGCGUGUGCUGCACCAACUAGAAAGGGAUGAGGGACACAAGUUUAAAAGAGCCUUAGGCGUUCUCACUACAGAAACCUAUGUAGAUGAUAUUAUAACAGGAGCAGAAACAAUUCCUGACACGCUAACCCUUCAACGUCAGGUCACUGAAUUGUUGGAUGCAGGUGGUCUAGAGCUCAAGAAAUGGGCAAGCAACUGUCCAGCGGUCCUUCAGGAUGUUCCUGCAGAAAACCGAGUUAUGGAAUCCUCCUUUGAUCCGAAAGAUCAUUGUUCAGUCAAAAUACUUGGUUUACAUUGGGACCCGGUGUUAGAUAUAUUGAGUUACCAUAGCGAGUCCCCUACUUCUGCCAUAACGAAACGUUCAGUGUUAUCUACGAUAGCCAAAAUCUACGACCCACUUGGAAUUCUGUCCCCUAUCACAUUUUGGGCGAAAUGCUUUAUGCAGGUAUUAUGGAAGAAUGAUUACCAUUGGGACCAGCCCAUUUCUACCGAAAUGGCUUCGUCUUGGAAGACAUUUUCUUCUGAACUUCCAUGUGUUUCUUCGGUCAGUGUUCAACGGUACAUUCCCACUGAACAGUCUUCGAAUAUAUCACUCUUAGGGUUUUCCGAUGCGUCCCUUAGUGGAUACGCUGCAGUUGUAUAUAUUCGAUUGGAGUACAACUCUAUGCCUCCGACCGUACAUCUUAUCACCGCUAGAUCCAAAGUUGCGCCCUUGAAGUCAGGACGAGUGGUUGAACCAUUAUCAGUUCCGAGGUUGGAACUUUGUGGUGCACUACUACUUGCGCAAACAUUGCAUCGAAUACAAACAACACUCGCUUCAAAGAUCAACAUCCAAGAAGUACAUGCAUGGACAGACUCCACUGUCGUGCUAUCAUGGUUAACUUCUCAACAAAUUGAAUUUAAGAUCUUCGUGACAAAUCGUUUGAAAAGGAUAUUCGAAUUAUUACCGAACUGCCAUUGGCAUUAUAUUCCUACCCACCAAAAUCCAGCGGAUUGCGCUUCAAGAGGCAUGUACCCUAAAGAAAUGCUGUCUCAUAGUUUGUACUGGAAUGGGCCCGACUUGUUGAAACAGUCAAUCAACCAUUGGACUACCACAAGAUUCAAUGUUGUGCCAAAUGACCUAUUGCCGGAACGAAAACUUGUUUCAGAGACAGUUCAUCUUGUCACUCUGCCAUAUAGCGAUACUAGUUGGCUCGAACGCUUUUCAAAUUUUACACGCCUCCAACGAGUCCUCGUUUACAUCCGCCGCUUUAUUGCUCGUGGCCGCCAACUGCCUGCUUAUUCAGGUUAUAUUCGUCAGUCAGAAUUAGAGGACGCAUUGAAGGUACUUGUCAAAAUCACUCAAUCACAGAAUUUUUAUUCUUUUAUAUUAAGUCUUUCUUCAUAUAAAACUACGGCUAUUCCGGCGUCACUAGCACGCCUAUCUCCGUUUAUAGAUUCUGACGGAAUCAUUCGGGUAGGAGGUCGCCUAAGACAUGCCAAUGCCAACGAGAAUCUUAAGCAUCCUAUCUUACUACCAAAAUCUUGUGUGCUUACAACUUUGCUUGUUCACCAUUUCCACAUAAAUUAUCUUCAUGCCGGGCCUCAACUGGUUUCCUCGCUCAUAAGAGCGCGUUUUUGGAUCAUUUCGAGUCGCUCCGUCAUAAGACAUAUAAUCUUUAAGUGUGUACCAUGUGCAACAUAUAGAGCAUCUAUCCCAUCACCAGUCAUGGGUGAUCUCCCUAAGUCACGAGUCCAGUCAAUACGACCAUUCAGCAAUGUAGGCAUCGAUUGUGCUGGCCCUUUUGCCAUAAAAGAAGGAAAACGUCGAAAUGCUCGCGCAAGUAGAUGCUAUUUAGCAAUCUUUGUGUGUAUGGCAGUGAAGGCUGUCCAUGUAGAAGUUGUCUCGGACCUAUCCACUCCUGCGUUCAUUGCCGCGCUACACAGGU